CAGUGCGCGCCUGGCGAAAGAGAAGUGGGCGACUACGGAGCAGCGUCUCCAUUACUGACCGUUUUCUCGCCAUUGUACCCGCACAACUUGCUCUAAAUGGGCAAUUUAUUAAGUAUAUUUCGUCCCCGGUCCCGCCGCAGACCCCUGCCAGGCCGUCGCUCACAAGCUCCCAUAGCCCGUGAGUCCUCUCAGCCUGGCCCGGCUCAGCCUGCGGCGCCCACGCGUACCCCGGGCCCUUUCCGAUUCCUCUUCAACCCUCAGCAGAGCCGCGGGCCUUCUCCAGUCAGCUUCUACAGCGCCCCUAGGAAACCGUGUCCUCUCCCGCCAGACACGGACGUCCCCCUGGGGGUCCUGCCUGCUGUGGGCGGCGGGCUCCCCUCAAGGAAGAAACCCGUGCUGUCUGCUCGCAACUCCAUGAUGUUGGGACACCCCAGCUCGGUGAGGAUCCCUCCUCCCAGCAGCCAGUUCCCUCUCCAACUGCCUUCACUACGGGAGCAGGUGGCCGGGGCCAGGAAGCUGAUUCCGAUCCCAGCCAGGCUGCCGAAUAAGACCAAGAUACAGAAUUGGGUGUUCUUCAUCUGGGCUUUUGUCCUGCCCACACCCAGCAGGCGCACAGCCCGUAAAGCAGGAAAAGGAACCAAGCUGAAGGAGGCAGAAACUCCGCAGCCAGCAAGGAGGAGGCGCUAUCUCCCUGCAGUACAAAUUCACCAAGAGCCUAGAGAGACGAAGAGAGAUGCCAGGAAGAAGAGAGAUGCCAGGAAACAGAAGCCCACAGAAUCAUGAGAAGAUGGGGGCCUGCUGGCAGAGCUGGGGCUUGGCAGUGGUCACUCUGGAGCCUACCCUGUGGUGUUUUUAUGAGUAGUGGAAAGAACAGAGAUACUAUGGAGCCCACAAAGGAAGCUCAAGCAGUAACAUAGCAAGAGGGAAAACAAUUCAAAGGGAAGAGGCCCAUGGUCUUCUUUCUUUGUGACUUCUACUGUCAGGGAGGCUCCUUAUUUAUAAAGAACAUGACUGUGUUUAUCUCCCAAGUUCUCACCCCAAGAUCAAUGUGUUCAGAAAGACUUGAGCCAUCAACAGUUAGAGGAGAAGUUGCACUGAUGUGUGAGGGAUGCAUUUUGACAAUUUGUGAUCCAGUUAUUUUGUUUAUGUUAAUGACUCCAUCUCAGAAACCAUUAAAAGUUUCUGGUAUCCCAACUAA